UGUGUGCCAGUCCCCUAGCACGCUCGCGCCGACGCAGGAGUCCCGUCCGGCCCUGCCAGUUGGGACCCGCGGGUGGGCCUUGGGAGCCCAGAAGCGGCUGGCUACGCGUGCAAGGCGGGUUCCCCGAGGCGGGCGCAGCGCGACUCCCGGUCGGGGUGUCGGCGGUGUGGUAGAACUUGGUAAUGAGUACAACUACAGGGUGAUGAUGAAAGUUGUCCCUUCUUCUCAAGAUAAAUGUGAAUGCUGUCAUAGGUGAGCUGCAAUAUUAUUAUGCAAGAAACUGCCAAGUCUACAGAUCCUGGUUCCCCACUAAUAAGCCUGCUUAUGUGAGACAGAGGGGUUCCUCGAAUCAAGAGCUCAUUCUCAUGUAGAAGACCUUGCCAGGAUCUCACUCCAGGGCUUUGGAGCAGAGGCAGAAGAGACACAGAAUAUCUCAGCCUUGCUAAUCCAGCUCACAUAGACAACAGAAAAUGACCAUGUUACAGGAAUCAUUCUCAUUUGAAGAUUUAUCUGUGGACUUCACCCAAAAGGAAUGGCAGCUACUGGAUCCCUAUCAGAAGAAUUUAUACAAGGAUGUAAUGUUGGAGAACUAUAGUAGCCUAGUGUCAUUGGGAUAUGAAGUUAUGAAACCAGAUGUCAUCUUUAAGUUGGAGCAAGGAGAAGAGCCAUGGAUAGGAGAUGGAGAAAUCCCACAUUCAUGCUCUCUAGAGGAAGCCUGGCAAGUAGAUGGUCACAUGAUGUGGCACCGGGAUAACCAAGACAAGCUUAAAAAUAUGAAAAGAGGUGUUGAAUGUGAUACAUCUGGAAAAAAAUUCAACCUGAGUUUGAACUUUGUUCCUUUAAGGAAGUCAAACAGCGCAGGUGACGUAAACGCAUUGAUUUUAAAACAUCAUUUAGAUUUGCUUAUUUCAAAAUCAGACUGUGGAAAAACAGAAUCAAAUGGCUUCAAUGUAUUUGACAAAUUAUUUCUCCAUUCCAAACCUGAGGAAACCGAUACUUGGUUAAAAUACUAUGAAUGUGAUAAAUAUGAUAAAGACACCUACAAAAAGUCACAGAUUAUCAUUUAUCACAGAACUCGUUUAGGGGAGAAACUCUUUGAGUGCAGUGAGUGUAGAAAACGCUUUAGUGUGAAAUCAAGUCUCAUUAAACAUCAGAGCAGACAUAUAAGAGAAAUAGCCUAUGGUUGUAGUAAAUGUGGCAAAACCUUUCCUCAGAAGUCACAGUUUAUUACCCAUCAUAGAACUCAUACAGGAGAGAAACCUUAUAAUUGUAGCCAGUGUGGGAAAGCCUUCUCCCAAAAAUCACAGCUCACAUCUCAUCAGAGAACACAUACUGGAGAGAAACCAUAUGAAUGUGGUGAAUGUGGGAAAGCUUUCUCCCGGAAGUCACAUCUCAUAUCACAUUGGAGGACUCACACAGGAGAAAAACCGUAUGGAUGCAAUGAGUGUGGGAGGGCCUUUAGUGAAAAGUCAAAUCUCAUUAAUCAUCAGAGAAUUCAUACAGGUGAGAAGCCUUUUGAAUGCAGGGAAUGUGGGAAAGCUUUCAGCAGGAAGUCACAGCUUGUUACACAUCACAGAACUCACACAGGAACAAAACCCUAUGGAUGUAGUGAUUGCAGAAAAGCCUUCUUUGAGAAGUCAGAGCUCAUUAGACAUCAGACAAUUCAUACAGGAGAGAAACCCUAUGAAUGCAGUGAAUGUAGGAAGGCAUUUAGAGAAAGGUCUAGUCUCAUUAAUCAUCAGAGAACCCAUACAGGAGAGAAGCCUCAUGGAUGCAUUCAAUGUGGGAAAUCCUUUUCCCAGAAGUCACAUCUCAUAUCACAUCAGAUGACACACACAGGAGAAAAACCCUUUAUGUGCAGUAAAUGUGGGAAAGCCUUCAGCAGAAAAUCUCAACUUGUUAGACAUCAGAGAACUCAUACAGGAGAAAAACCCUACAAAUGCAGUGAAUGUGGGAAAGCUUUUAGUGAAAAAUUAAGUCUGACUAAUCAUCAGAGAAUUCAUACAGGAGAAAAACCCUAUGUAUGCAGUGAGUGUGGGAAAGCCUUUUGUCAGAAGUCACAUCUCAUAUCACAUCAGAGGACACAUACAGGAGAGAAACCAUAUGAAUGCACUGAAUGUGGGAAGGCCUUUGGUGAAAAAUCAAGUCUUGCCACUCAUCAGAGAACUCAUACAGGAGAAAAACCCUAUGAAUGUAGGGAAUGUGAAAAAGCCUUCUCCCAGAAGUCACAGUUAAAUACACACCAGAGAAUUCACACAGGAGAGAAACCAUAUGAAUGCAGUCUUUGUAGGAAAGCUUUCUUUGAGAAGUCGGAGCUUAUUAGACACCAGAGAACUCAUACAGGAGAAAAACCUUACGAAUGCAGUGAAUGUAGAAAAGCCUUUAGGGAGAAAUCAAGUCUCAUUAAUCAUGAGAGAAUACAUACAGGAGAGAAGCCCUUUGAAUGCAGUGAGUGUGGCAAAGCCUUCUCUCGGAAGUCACACCUCAUACCACAUCAGAGGACACAUACAGGUGAGAAACCCUAUGGGUGCAGUGUAUGCAAGAAGGCCUUCUCUCAGAAGUCACAGCUUGUUAAUCAUCAGAGAAUUCAUACAGGAGAAAAGCCUUAUCAAUGCAAUGAAUGUGGGAAAGCCUUCUCACAGAAGUCACAGCUCAUUAAUCAUCAGAGAACUCAUACAGUAAAGAAAUCCUAGGAAUGCAAUUAAUAUGUGUCUGACAUAAUGUCAUUGUAAUUCAGAAAAAGCUGUUAAACUUUUCAGAUAAUAUUCACAUAUUAUAUAGCAGAGCACUCCUUUUAAGGGGGGAAGUCUAUGAGAUUGUGUAGCGGAAUCUUAGAGCAAAUGAACAUGCUUAUAUGUCAGAAUUCAUACAGUAGAGUGAAAGUAUGAAUUCAGUGAGUCUCGAAACCCUUUGAAACCAUAAUCAAGCCUUAUACAGUAGAAAAUUUGCAGCAAAGUGGAAUUCUGUGAAUACUUCAAAUACCAGAAAUCCAUCCUUAGGUCAAAUCUCAUAAACUAUUAGGAAUACUCCCACUGGUGAUGAGAAAAAGCCCCAUGAAUGCACCAAGCGAGGCAGUGUUUUUUAGUAAGAAAUCACAGGGCGGCACCUGUGGCUUAGUGAGUAGGGCUCUGGCCCCAUAUACCGAGGGUGGUGGGUUCAAACCUGGACCCGGCCCAACUGCGACAAAAAAAUAGCUGGAUGUUGUGGCAGGCGCCUGUAGUCCCAGCUACUUGGGAGGCUGAGGCAAGUGAAUCACCUAAGCCCAAGAGCUGGAGGUUGCUAUGAGCUGUGAUGCCAUGGUACUCUACCAAGGGUGACAAAGUGAGAUUCUGUCUCUAAAAAAAAAAAAAGAAAAGAAAUCACAGUUCAUUGUACUUAAGAAAAUGCCCUUAGGAAAUAAAUUCUGAAACUACUAAAUAUAGGAUAAGUAAUCUAAGUAUAUUGUAUUUUUGGGAAUUCAUAUAUGGGUAAACCUAACACUUGAUAGACAUUGGGAACAUGUGCCCCUUGAAAUAAUGCUAUGAAGGGCGAAGCCAUACUUGUUUGUAGGCAGGGGUACCAAAAAUAUGCAGUUCUAAGUGGUUACCAGAUGUUUACUCUGACAUAUGAAGUUUUAAAAAUACAUGAAUAAAUUGGUUAUUAAAACAUCUGUGUAAGAAAUUUAUUUAUUUUUUUAUUUACUUUUUUUAGAGGCAGAGUCUCACUUUGUUGCCCUUGGUAGAGUACUGUGGCAUCACAGCUUGCAGCAACCUCCAGUUCUUGGGCUUAGUCUAUUCUCUUGCCUCAGCCUCCCAAGUAACUGGGACUACAGGUGCCUGCCACAAUGCCCACCUAUUUUUUUGUGGCAGUUUGUCUGGGGCUGGGUUUGAACCCGCCACCCUUGGUAUAUGGGGCCAGGCCCUACUCACUGAGAGUAAGCAAUUUCUUAUUGGUGUUUACAGGUUAUUUUUCUGUGUCACAUAAUAAUGUUUUGUAUUUGGGGAUUGCAUAUAAUGUAAUUGGGAGCAUGAAAUGCAUAUACCUUACAGUGCCUAUGAUGUCUUUCAAGAUAUACUACGUUCCACUGGUUUUCUAUUUUAACAAUAUUAUAAAAAUGGAAACUGACAGAACGUGGCUUACUUCUGAAUGAGUAACUUAAAUGGCAAUACUGCAUUUAUUCUUUCCUUAUUAUCUGUUGACAAUAGAAGGGUCUGUUGUUAUUGACCUUUUUCUUCAAUAACCAAAACUAACAUCACAUAAGUCUUGUAUCCUGAGUCCAAACAACCGUCUAUAUAAUAAAUAUGCAAAGCCAAGUACCACAGAGUAACAGUAGUGAGAUAUGACACCGAGGGAGCAAAAGAAAGGUAUGUGAAUUAUACAUAUAACUCAGUUCUCAAGCUAAAUGAAAGUAAGUAAUGCUGUGUAGUCUUUUUCUCAUUUAGUGAUAUGUAUAUAUCUUUAUUUGUUUCAGUGUUAGGUAACCCACCUACCAUUUGGAUUUUAAUUUACUGUGAUGAAAUAGGAAUACUUUGUGCUGUUACGUUUUUGGUGUUCCAUCAAAUUUCUUGUAAAAUUUAGAUGUAGAAACUGAUGAAGAUUCACUAUUCAGAAGAUGUAAAAUAUGGAGAUUUUGCACUGAGAAAAUAGUUUUGGUACAUUCAAGGAAGCCUGUGUUGCCUUCCAGAUAAUGUCUGUGAUUAUUGGGCAAAUAUAGAUGCUCUUUGGCUUACAGUUGGGUCCUGUCCUAAUAAACCCAUUGUAAUUUGAAAAUAUAUGUCAAAAGUGCAUUUAAUACACUUAACUAACCAGGCAUUGUAGCUUAGCCUAGCUUGGCUUAAACAUGCUCAACAUAUAGGUCAGCAAAAUUAAGUAACACAAUUCCUGUUUUGUAAUAAAGUGUUGAAUAUCUUAUGUUAUUGAAUACUGUGCUGAAAGUGAAAAACAAUUUUAUGGUGCCAUUGUACCAUACAGAAUUUUAACAUUGAACCAUCAUAAGUAGAGAACCAUCAGUUAGGAAACAAGAUUUUCUUUAUUUUAUAAUUUGAAAUAUUUGUGUUUCACCUUUCACCAGUUGCACUGUCCUCAUGGCCACUUUCUCAGUGGGGAUGUAGAACAUAUAACUAUAUAAGUGUGCUUCUUUUUAAAAAUGCAUGAACCAUCUCUUAGCUAAGUUAGAAUUUUUUAGACAUUUCAUCUCUAUCAUGUUGCUUGACAAAGUUAAUACAUAUUUUUCACAUGGUGUUGAAAUCAGAAAAGUCCAACAUUGAGAUUGAUUCAAACUUAAAAAGUGAAGAUUUCUGUUAUGCAGAAAUUGUUAUAUAUCAGUAUGGUGUAUGGGGCCUUUGAUUCUAGAAGUAUUUUUCCUUUAAUUUUGCAGCAUUUUGGAAAGCUGGGACUUUACACAAAUGAGAGUAAUUCUAAACCAACAUACCAGAAUUUUAACAGCCAAAUAAUCCUGUCUGUCUCCAUGGUAAUUUUAAAAGCAUCCAAUUGCCAAUUUUUUUAUUUAUAAUCAAAUGUAUGGACUUCCUACUUUUCUCUUUAAUAAUUGAAGGGUAUUUUAUUAAAUAUGGGAACCAAAUCUUUGUGAAUGAACAAAUAGGUAUAGAGCAAUGCUCUACUUUGUAGUUUUUGCCAUUUUUUUCUUCCCGUCUAUUAUGAUUCUCUUCGUUAGGUCUUAGACUACUCUCAGAAGUCUGUUGUAUAAAAAUUUUCUAAGUUAGCUCAUUUUAGUUUUAGAUUAUUCCAUUAACUAUUAAACAGUUAAACCUGAUAUUUCUUGCAUUAGAUAAUGGGACUUCAGCACUGGCCUAUUGAUUAAAUCCUCGAGACCAAAAAAUUAUUUUCUCAGAGUCAGCUGUUACUCUUUGAGUGGGUUGAUGCAGACAACCAACGUCUACUUUUGAGACUAUCUAAUGUGGAGACUCAGAUAUAUUGUUUGCUACCCACUGGAGCUCACCAUUGCUCAUGAGAAAGCUCUGAUUCUGAAAAUUCUGAGAUUUUUAGUGUCUGUUUUGGAAAUUCCCUGGGUAAUUCCCUGUCUCCAAAUUUCCCUUCAUUGAUUCCUACCACAAACCCCACAUUAAGAAAUGAAGUUUUAAAAGUUAGACUGGAUUUAUUUAUGAUUUUAUGGAGCACAAGAAGUCACAUUGAAAUAGAAUACUAAGGAGGCCAAACACAGGAAACAUCAGCUUUUCUUAUUCUAUUUUACUGUCCAUAUUCAUCCACCAUCCUGGAAUUGUGCUGUAUUGUAUAAAGGAAAAUUUACAUUGCAUUCCUUUUACUAAUUUAUGGUUUGGGGUUUUUUGUUUGUUUGCUUUUUGUUUUUUGUGGACUGAAUUUUAAGACCUAUACCAGGAGUGCAUUGUGUUUGGCUUUUCUUUGUGGAUUCUGACGCAGUUAUCCAUGGAACCAGAUACUUUGCUUUUAAGAACAUCACUUGUAAAAACUUCAAGAUGAAAUGCACCCAAGAAUGCCAAAUUUAUUUAAUGAUAACCUUACUAAACAGCAUACUAUAAAGUCAUCAGCAUUUCAGUUCUGCACUUGAAAUAUUCUUAGUCAUUUGAUCAUUACAGCAGUAUACACCUAAGUUGUUAAUUUCAGUAGGCUUGUUAGUCUACAAAAACGGCACCAGUAAGCUUUCAGAUGUCCAGCGUCUAGCCCUGGCCUAAGUGCUGAUAAACUUAUCCAUAAUCUUUGUAGUCAUGUGAAUUUUUUUGCAUCUUGCUUUCAUUCUUUUAAUCCAUUUUCUCACUUAGACAUAUUAUUUUAAAAUGCAACUUUGAUUACACACUCUGUUGAAAUAUAUGGCUUAUUGUGGAUGUAAGGUAUAUUUUCAUCAUGGUAUGCAAGGACUUCUAUACAAACUCAUGUCAUCUCAUUGUCAUUCCUGAACAUUUUAUCUUUCCUCCUAUGCAAUAUUUCCUGGCCUCCUUGAACAACUUGCAAUUCUUUGAGAUUUCUAUAAUCAUUAUGCUUUUGCAAAUCUAUUGCAAUUGAAAUGCCCCUGUUCCUUGUUAUUGCCUAUACAUGUAUUUCCUACUGUGAUAAUAUAAUCAUUACGUUUUAUCUUUUCCAUUUUCUUUUUUGUCAAUAUACUUUUUAGCAGCUAAAGCUACUAUAUUUAAAUUUAGGUGCUAUCGUUGCCUGUGUUUUCUACUACAUGGAGAAACAUAGUCUACACUAAGAGAGAAGAAUGAAGCCAUCAUGAAAGCAAAGUCAAGAAUGAGUCCUGAUUGUGUUCCAGUACUUAGUUCUUAUUGUCUUGAUGUCCAGAUCCAUCCCUGUCCUUUUCAUGUCUUGAUUGUUGAAUUCUAUGAGAUUCCCCAAAUACCUGCUAAUAAAUUCUCA